AUGCAUCAACAAUCCUUCUUCGUUUCACACGCUCAACUCGAUGAAAUCUUUCAAAAAGUCCGACCUUCACAACUAUCACACUUUAUCAAUGGAGAAUUCACUCCAAGUCAAAGCAAGAAACAAUUACCACUUAUUUGUCCUGCAACGGAACAAAUUCUUUGUCAUGUCAGUGAUGGACAAAAAGAAGAUGUUGAAUUAGCAGUGAAAGCUGCAGAGGAAGCCAUGAAUUCUGCAGAAUGGGGACAAUUGGAUCCAAAACAAAGACAGGAUUUAUUAUAUAAAUUGGCUGAUGAAUGGGAUAAGAAUGUUGAAGAAUUGGCUCAAUUAGAAGCUUUGAAUAAUGGAACACCCAUUGGAGUAUGUCGAUAUGUCAUCAAGGGUCUCACGGAUACUUGGAGAUAUAGUGCCUCAUGGAUUGAUAAAUUAGGAGGAAGAGUAUGUGUAACAGAUAAAAAAUUUCAUGUCUACACAAAGAGAGAACCUAUUGGAAUUGUUGGAGUUAUUUCUCCAUGGAAUUUUCCAAUGUGGUGCAGUCUUGUCAAUGUAGCACCAGCUCUCGCCAUGGGAAAUUGUGUCAUUUUGAAGCCUGCAGAACAAACUCCUCUCACAGCUCUCAAAUUAGCUGACAUUUGCCAAAAAAUUGGUUUUCCAAAAGGAGCAUUUCAAGUCGUCAUGGGAGAUGGUCCCAACGUUGGUGCUGUUCUCGUUCGUCAUUCAAAAAUUUCAAAAAUUGCCUUCACUGGUUCCACCGAAGUUGGAAGAAUUAUCAUGAAAACAGCUGCAGAAAGUAAUUUGAAACAAGUUCAACUCGAGCUUGGAGGAAAAUCACCUGUAGUCAUUUGCAAUGACGUGAAUGUAGAUGAAGCUGUCAAAGUUGCUGCGUUUAGUAUUUUUAAUAAUAAUGGAGAGGCAUGCACGGCUGGAUCGAGAACGUUUGUUCAUGCAGAUAUUUAUGAUGAAUUUAUUAGAAAAUUGAAGGAACAUGUGGAAAGUUUUAAAAUUGGAAAUAAUUUGGAUGAACAAGUGAAUAUUGGUCCUCUCGUGGAUAAAGAACAAUAUGAAAGAGUGAAGAGUUAUAUUGAAAUUGGUCAGAAAGAAGGAGCUAAAUUAUUAUUGGGAGGACUACAUCACAAUGACCUUCCAAAUAAGGGAUAUUUUGUGAAACCAACCAUUUUCUAUGAUGUCAAGGACACAAUGAGAAUUGCUUCUGAAGAGAUCUUUGGUCCUGUUCAAUCCAUUCUCAAAUGGUCUUCCUUCGAUGAAGUCAUUCAAAGAUGUAAUCACACUGAAUUUGGACUAGCUGCUGCCAUCUUUACCAAAAAUGUCGAUCACAUGUUUCUAUUGAGUGAUCGAAUCAAGGCAGGAGUGGUCUGGAUUAAUAAUUAUCAUAAUGUGUUCCAUGUGGCUGAAUUUGGAGGAAUGAAACAAUCAGGAUUUGGUCGAGAGGGAGGUGAAGAAGGAAUUAAGGCAUGGACUUCAUUGAAGACUGUGGUCUUGCAAUUGCAAUCCAAUUUGUAA